AUGUUUCGAGUACUAAUUUUGUCCAUUGUAUGUUUUGCCAUUGUUAAUGGUAAUUUGAAAGAUGAUAUUAAAGAUAAAGCAUCAGCAACAUUAAAUGAAGGCGAAAAAUUGAAAGAUAAAAUAGUCGAUGGUGUUAAUGAUGGUCUUACUAAUGCUAAAGCUUUUGCUCAAUCAGCUUCUGAUGCUAUCAAUGAAAAUGUUGAAACAUUAAAAGAUAAAGCUGCUGAAACACUUACCGCUGGUCAAAAAGCUGCUGAAAAUGCUAAAGCAACAGCAAGUAAGCAACUUGAUGAAGCUAAAACUGCUGGUGAAAAUCUUCGAAAAAAAGCAAGUGAUAAGAUCGACGAUUUACAAGAUGCAGCUGGUGAUGCUGUUAAAUCAGCCAAGCAAACAGCUGAGAAUGUAGCUAAACAAGCAUCAAAACAAGGUGAAAAACUGAAACGACAAGCUAGUGAUGCUGCUGAUAAAGUUAAGUCAACAGCAAAUGAUGCAAAAACACAAGCUGAAAAACAAAGUGAAGGUCUUCUUAAUAAAGUUUAUAAUGUUCUUACUGAUGUUAAAAGUUCAAUUUUUGAAAGUAUUGGAUUAGCAUCUAAACAUACAGCUGAUCUUACAGAUCAAGCUAAAGAAAAACUUGAUGAACUUUCUGGUAGAGCACAAAAAACUGCUAAACAAGUGAAAAAAGAUGCUAAAGAAACACUUGAUUUAUAA